CUGAACAGCCGAACGUAUGUACGUAACGUACUCGGCGAGCGAAACGUUUCCAAAGUGAACGAAACGGAGGAUUCGUGAACAAUUUACUCUUAUCGCAAGCGAAGAGAUAUGAAAUUAAUAUUUUUAUCUAAAAACUGUGCAGUUCAUUCGUACAAGUGUUGAUUGUGAUGCCGAUGUGUAUUGAUUGCAUCUAGACGUGGUAACCAGUGCAGUUUUAGCAAAUCAGAGAUAUUUGAAGCCACCCUUGAUAAUUGUGCUUUAUUAGUGACAACGGUCGAGUAGAACGCAGAAAUGCAGGCGAUUAAAUGUGUAGUGGUCGGUGACGGAGCCGUCGGUAAAACAUGUCUGCUCAUCAGUUAUACCACAAAUGCCUUCCCCGGAGAGUACAUACCCACAGUAUUCGACAACUACUCCGCGAACGUGAUGGUGGAUGGCAAGCCUAUCAACCUGGGUCUCUGGGAUACGGCGGGGCAAGAGGACUACGACCGACUGCGGCCGCUCUCCUACCCACAGACCGACGUGUUCCUCAUAUGCUUCUCGCUCGUCAACCCCGCCUCGUUUGAAAACGUACGGGCUAAGUGGUUCCCCGAGGUCCGGCAUCACUGCCCGUCGACGCCCAUCAUCCUGGUCGGUACCAAGCUCGAUCUCCGCGAAGACAAGGACACCAUCGAGAAGCUAAAGGACAAGAAACUCGCUCCCAUCACCUACACACAGGGCCUCGGCAUGUCUAAAGAGAUCAGCGCGGUGAAGUACCUGGAGUGUUCGGCCCUGACGCAGAAGGGCCUGAAGACGGUGUUCGACGAGGCCAUCCGCGCCGUGCUCUGCCCCGUGCAGCCCAUCAAGCCGCGGCGGAAGUGCGCGCUGCUCUAAACACAGAUAGCGUAGUACAGACGUCGAUGCCAGUGUAUACAGCAUAGCUUACAAUAGGCGCACCUACAUCAGUAUAAAUGUGCAAACGACACACAAGCGCUGUAAUGUUGAAUGGACUGCAAUAAAUGCAUACAUAGAUGUUAAUUUUUACUGUUAAAGUACGCAUUAUUAAUUAAUAUGUAACGUGGGUUGGUGUGAGUGAGGUCCGUUUAAUGUAUAACGCUUUUUUAUAUCGUCCGGGUAUUUAUGUCACUGGCAGUUUGAUCAGGCUGCAUCGGAAACGCCUUUGCCUCAGUUUCUCUGUUUUCUUUUGUCUAUUAAUUUUCUGUCAGUUUUAUUGACGCGACUCGUACUUGUAAUACUACCUCCAGCCACUUUAAGCUAAUGUACAUUGUUUCGUAAUGAAAUGCAGCCAUACCACCGCCUGUCAGUGACCCCUAGGUAACAAUCAGAACAACUCAUAUUUGGGUGCUUUAUAACUAGACCAUCACUAUUACGAAAAUGUAAUUACAUUCCUACAUCUAAUGAUAUUUCGGGUACAAAUUGUUUAAACAAUUAUCACCUCAGCUUUGAAACGGUGAUUAAAAAAAUGGAAUUGUUGAAAUUUGUGUUUGCCAGAGAUUAUAUUUUUCGAUUUAUUAUUGCUUUUUAUUUGUUUCCACAUUGUUGUAUAUCAAUGUUUUGAGUCGGACAUUCUCGUUUAGAAUUUGAACCUUAUUUUGGAAAUGUGAAGGUUUAAAUUUGAAUACGAGUUAAUAUAAUGUCGACGAGACUAGUGGUGUAAUAAGUACAGCAUUCGUUCGUAAGAAAAUGGUUAAUCAUUAAAGUUUCGUAUUCAUUGUAUAUUUAAUUAAUUAAAAAUGUUAUUGUACUGCUUUGUACUAUGUAAACUGUUUCGUUGAUACGCUACGCAGAUUCCAGGAGAAAUUGACUUCGAUGUGAUUUGUAGGUUAAAUAAGUUAAUAAGAACCCACUGUACUGUACAAACGUAGUAAGACCCAUGAAGCACAUAUUCCUGCAUUUACUAAUUCUGUCUUUAUUAUUAUAAUAUGCAAGUAAUUCAUACUGAAGUCGAAUUUGAUUGGAGUCCGAAAUGUUCGUCGUUUAGUCAAUAAUACGCCAUUCAUUUUUGUACGUAGCAUGCGUAUUGUUUUCCGCGUAUUAUUUCGCUUGAUCGUCGAAGCUUAACGAUGUUUAUAAGCGCUCGCGUGAAUGGUCAAUACUUAGAUACAUAUCGUUGGUAAAGUGUAGCUAUGCUAUCGUGACGUCCUCGUGCUGCCGUGACCCUGGUUUUGUAGUUCUGAAGUGUAAACAAUUAUGAACUUUAUUGCAAUAAUCAUACAGACACUUUUGCAAUGACUAGUGGAUAGUUUGGGUAAUACUGACAAUUGAAACAUCAACAUGCACUAAAUACUUCGAAGUCGCAAAACUAAAGUCACAAGCGCAGUUUCUAAUAAGCAACAAGAUUGUAUCGCAGACAUUUGGUCUUGUACGGCUAAUGUGAAAUACCGCACAACUACUUUUAGCAUAAUCCGGUUGAAUGGAGACGCCCAGUUUUCUGUUCUACUCAGUACAGUUGCUGGCUGUCACGAUUCAGUCGCGCUACUUUCACGGGAGGCAUUUUUCGCUGAAAAUGUGAUAAACGGGUUUAGGCUCUAAUUGACUAUCUAGAAAUUUUUACACAGUGUCUUAAAUAGACACGUUCUUUUUUACUUUAUACGCCUAACUUCACGACUGUCGUAGACGAUACAGAUCGCUUCUUUAGUAAAUAAAAUGGCACUAAGUUAAUUACUGUCUAAAUCCACUCCUAAAAUAUAAAUGUUAUAAUAAGAAAAAACAGUACACGUAAGUUUGUGUGUAAGUGUGCAAUUGUUGUUGCUUGUAAACGGACGCGACAAGCCUUUCAUAUUAGAUGCCAUAGACAUUUUAUUUGUUUAAAAAACAUUAUUUUGCUAAUGAGUUUUUCAUUCGAUUCUAAAUUUGAAAAAGCUCGAACAAUUGCACAGAACAUGUCUAGCUGUAAGAUUUUAAUGUAUGUAUUGUUCAGAUGCAAAUAUUUAGAAGAAUCAGCAUGUAAAUAACGAUAAAUUAGUAUUAAAUACAAAAAGAGAACACGCCAUUUUCUUUGGUGUAGCAUUUUUAUACUAGAUCCAAUUUUUCACGUAUUUGCGUAUGGACUUCUAAUGCUAAUUCAAAAUCAAUAAUUUUAACUGUAGUUUUAUGUAUUCUAAUAUUUUAAUAAGUUUAUGUUUGAAUGGACUAACUAUAUUAUGUCUAGUUAUAAAAUAUAUACAUUAAAUAAAUAGGUCAACAAUUUAAUUAAUAAAUAAAUACAUGUUGUGGCAGCGAUGACGUGAGAUAAGUAGAAAUUGUAUUUUUUAAACAUGAAACAGAUUCGACAUUAUUUUUGUGUCAAGAGCAUAAUUAAGGGCAAUAUUUUCAGUGGAUGAAAACAAAAGAAAGCUGGCAAUAUUAUACGCAGGCAAUCGUUUAUUUUUCCAAAUUCUAUAUGUGCGAGUAUAGACAUAUAUGUAGGGAUAAAUUGUUUAUUUUUAGUAUGUUAGUCCAAAUUUCCAUAAUAUUUAAUUUGUCGUGUAUAAGCACGUUAAUUUGUAUCGGUGUUACGUUGUACUCUUGUUAAUGUAUUGUUGGUAUUGUAGUCUGCCGUGUACCGCAUUUUGCUUUCAUUCAAAUUAACAGCUUGUAUAAUAUUAUUUUUAUACAAAAUUGUAUAUGUAUAGAUAUUGCGCUGUGUCUAAUUCGAUUGAUAGGUACGCUGUCGAGUAAUUCUUCCAAAUAUUGUAAAGCCUCUGAAUAAUUCAAAAUAUAUUUAUAUUAACUGUUCAAA